AGUUACAUAAUACUCCUAAUUCAAAAAAACAAAAAAUUGGGCCCAUAACUCUCCAUCAUCUUCAAUUCCUUGUUCCUUCCUUUGGAAGUCUUCACUUUUCAGUUACAUAAAUACUCCGUAUUGUUGGGUUUCUUUGCUAGCGCUCCAACGUUUUUCUGAUCACUUCUUUGUCUGCUGAGGUAUGAAAAAAUGAGAGAGAGAGAGAGGGAGGGAGAAGGAAAGAAGAUAUCAAUAUGGCUAUAGACGAGCAGGAUAGAUAUUUUCCAGAAGAGUUGAUUGGGUAUCACAAUGAUGAGUCCAAGAUGCCUUAUUACUGCUAUCUGUUCGAGUUAAAGCCAAAUUUUCAGUAUGAUGUAAAGCCUCAGAACAUUGUCCUGGCUGUUCAUAAGAUGUUAAAUAGAGAUCUUGGAGAAUUUGGCUUCGAUUUAAACGCUGAUAGGGGAAAGAUGAUUGUGAAUGUGAACCUAGUUGGAAAGCUUACACUAACUCCCAGUGAGGUUGCACUCUGUCAGCAAUUUCAAGUCAAACUUUUCAAUCUUCUUCUCAAACGUAACUUAGACAAGCUUCAUGAAGAGGAUGCACAUUCUAGAGGAGAUGGUUCAGCAGUGUUUAAUUAUCUACUUAUCCCUGCUCUGGGCUCACGUCAUGACCUAUCUAUUGAUUGGAGAUGCAUUAGUUCAGUUCUAUACCAAAAGAAUGCUGCUUUCGCUGAUCAUUCCAAAUGCUCAAGUGCAGUCCACACGAAGAACGGCUUGGUGUGUCAUUGCAUGAUAGAGAAUUCGUUAGUUUUUACUCCCCAUAAUGGCUUCCUGUAUUGCGUAAAUGGCACAUUGGACGGUGUUCGUGGAGAUACGUACUUUACUCCGAAAGACAAGGAAUCUGUUACUUAUAAAGCGUAUUAUAAGGAGAAGCAUGACAUAAGUCUGGAAUAUGAGCAGGAGAAUCUUCUAUGUGGCAAGCACAUAUUCACUGUGCAUAAUAACCUCCGGCGAUGCCAGACUCAAAAUAAGAAAGAACCGAGUUAUAGCUCAUGUGAAUUACCACCCGAGAUUUGCUUAAUCAUGAUGUCACCUAUAUCAAUUUCUACGAUUUAUUCUUUUACAUUUCUUCCGUCUCUUAUGCAUCGUAUCGAGUCACUUGCUGUAGCUUCCAACUUGAAAAGUAUACCUCUCGGUGGGACAACAAAUGUUGAAAUUCAAGCAAUCAAGGUGUUGGAAGCGCUCACAACGAAGGAAUGCCAAGAGGAGCUUCAUUUGGAAUCUUUGGAGACUCUCGGAGAUUCGUUCCUCAAAUAUGCUGCUACUCAGCAGCUAUUCAAAACACAUCAAAGUCGAGACGAGGGGCUUCUUAGCCUUAAAAGGGAGCGAGUCAUUUGCAAUGCUUCAUUGUGCAAACUUGGAUGUGACCGCAAGAUUCCGGGCUUCAUCCGGACUGAGCCAUUUGAUCUCAAGACAUGGGCGAUACCUGGAGUCCCUUGUGGUUUCAGUGUAUUGAAAGAAGAACAGAUGUCUACAUCUGGAAAAGUCUACACUGGAAGAAGAAGACAGAUCAAAAGCAAAACCGUUGCAGAUGUUGUUGAAGCCCUAAUCGGUGCAUUUCUAAGCGCCGCAGGUGAAGUAGCAGCCCUAUCCUUCAUGGUGUGGCUCGGUAUCGAAGUUAACUUUGAGAUCGUGCCUUACACGAAGACGUUCGUCAUAAAUCCUGGCAUGCACGUAAAUAUCGGAUAUAUAGAGUCCCUUAUGGGAUACAAGUUUCAGGACGCGUCCCUCUUGGUCGAAGCGUUGACUCACGGCUCAUAUAUGCGGCCUGAGAUCCCCACCUGCUACCAGCGGCUGGAGUUUCUCGGGGACGCAGUGCUAGAUUAUCUUAUCACGGUUCAUCUAUAUCACAAUUAUCCCGGCCUCUCACCCGGGCUGCUUACUGAUCUAAGGUCAGCGUCUGUGAAUAAUGAUUGUUAUGCUCUAUCAGCCAUCAAGGCCGGAUUGCAUAACCAAGUCCUUCAUCUCUUGCCCGAUCUUCACCGGCAUGUAGCUGAGACUGUUGACAAGGCUGAGGAUUUACGGUUGGUCGAGACUUUCGGGUGGGAAUCCGAGGCGAAUCUCCCGAAGGUGCUUGGAGAUGUCAUCGAAUCUUUAGCUGGUGCCAUCUAUGUCGACUCGGGGCAUGACAAGGAAACUGUUUUCCAGUGUAUGAAGCCCCUGCUCGAUCCCUUGGUCACACCGGAGACGCUUAGGAUCCACCCAAAAAGGGAACUGAUCCAACUGUGCCAGCAGGAAAAUUAUACAAUGCGGAAGACUCAAAUUUCCAGGCAUGCGGACGACGGGCUGGCACAUGCUUCGGUGGCAGUCGAAGCUUGUGGUGUUGUGCACGAGGAAACGCGGUCUGCUAAAAACCGCAAACUGGCUGAAAGACUGGCCUGCAAAGCUGUUCUCAAAACUCUCAAGGAAAUCUUGACUGCAGAUUCUUGAUCCAACCCCAACUUCACUCAGAUUUUUUAACCUUCAACUAGAUUUUCAAUCAUCAUGGAUGAUGGUUUUAAAAUCUUUGAAGUUAUAUAUAUAUAUAUAUAUUUAUCUUGAGCUUGUGUUAGUUGAUUGAUGAUUGUAAAGAUCAGGAUUAUAACAUAAUGAACAAUGAUGACAAGACAAACGAGAGGGGAAACAA